AUGGGUCGUAGUUACCGCCUCCUGCGGCGCGUUGUGCGCAAUGACUCUAUCGAGCUCGAUCCGCCCGAAGUGUACAACUGGCGUGUGUUUGCGCUGGCCGCUGCGGCAUGCUUCGGCGGCACACUCUUUGGCAUGGACACCGGUAUCAUCGGCGGAGUCCUCACGAUGCCCGAUUUCCAACACGAGUUCCGCAUUCCAACGGGCAAUAGCGCAGAUGACAAGCUGGCGCGAGCCAAUCUUUCCGCCAACUUUGUCACGGUCAUGCAAGCUGGUGCCUUUGCGGGGGCGCUGCUCACCAACCCGAUCGCCCAUCUCCUCGGACGCAAACCCAGCCUGAUGAUCGUAUCCGUCUUUGCCUUCAUCGGCGGCAUACUCCAGGCUUUCUCGUAUGGCAACUAUGCCUGUUUCUACAUCGGAAGAUUCGUCGAAGGCCUCGGCCUUGGCGGCGCCACCAUGCUGGCCCCGACCUACGUCUCGGAGAACUCGCCCCGCGGCAUCCGCGGCCUCCUCGUCGGCUUCUACCAGCUCUUCGAGACCAUGGGCGCCAUGGUCGCCUUCUUCAUCGACUACGGCUCCCUGCUGCACAUCGCCGGCCACGGCGCCUGGAUGGUCCCGCUCGCCAUGCAGUCCCUGCCGCCCGUGCUCAUCUUCGCCAGCAUCAUCUUCUGCCCGGAGUCGCCGCGCUGGCUCGCCAGCAAGGACAACUGGGAGAAGGCGUCCGAGGUCCUGUCCGACGUGCGCCACCUGCCCGUGGGCCACCCCUACAUCCAGCAGGAGCUGCUCGAGCUGCGCACCCAGCUCGAGAACGAGCGCCGCAGCGUGCACGGCGAGGGCUUCUGGGCCGAGCAGAAGGAGUGCUGGCUGAUCCCGGGCAACCGGAACCGGGCGCUGCUGUCGAUCGGGCUGAUGGUGUGCCAGCAGUGGACGGGCACCAACGCCAUCAACUACUACGCGCCGACCAUCUUCACGGCGCUGGGCGUCACGGGCAACGCCAACUCGCUGCUGGCGACGGGCGUGUACGGCAUCGUCAAGAUGACCUCGUGCGCCAUCUUCAUCGUCUUCCUGGCCGACACCCUGGGCCGGCGGUGGUCCUUCGUCUGGACCGCCUUCGCCAUGUGGUUCUGCAUGUUCUACCUCGGCUUCUACGUGCGCUUCGACCCGCCCAAGGCCGACGCCGCGAGCAUCCCCGCCGCCGGGUACGUGGCGCUGGUCAUGGUGUACAUCUUCGCCGCGGCCUUCCAGUUCGGCUGGGGCCCCGUGUGCUGGAUCUACGUGUCCGAGAUCCCGAGCAACCGGCUGCGGGGCUACAACGUCGCGCUGGCGGCGGCGACGCAGUGGUUGUUCAACUUGGUCGUCGCGAGGGUCAGCCCCGUGAUGCUCGUGAACGCCGGCGGCUCGACCGGGUACGGGACGUAUUUCAUCUACGGGUCGUUCUGCUUCGCGAUGGGAGUCGCUGCGUUCUGGAUCCCGGAGACCAAAGGGAUCUCCCUCGAGCGAAUGGACGAGCUGUUUGGUGUGGCUGACUUUUCUGGACUGGAGGAUGUGGGCAUGGCGGCCAAGCAUGAUCAGGCUGAGCACACAGAGAGAGUGUAG